GAGUCAGAAUCUGAGAACAAGCUGGAUGGAGAGACAGCGUCAGACAGCGAAAGCAAAUCCGAAUUCGGAGGCUUGCCCCCGGUGCCCACAUCGGAUGACACUCCAGAGGUCCUGAACAGAGCUCUCUCCAACCUCUCCUCAAGAUGGAAGAACUGGUGGGUAAGAGGCAUCCUCACGCUGGCAAUGAUUACCUUCUUCUUCAUCAUCAUCUACUUGGGACCCAUGGUCUUAAUGACGAUAGUGAUGUGUGUCCAGAUCAAAUGUUUCCACGAGAUUAUCACCAUUGGCUAUAACGUGUACCACUCGUAUGACCUGCCCUGGUUCAGGACGCUGAGCUGGUACUUCCUGCUCUGCGUAAACUACUUCUUCUAUGGGGAGACUGUCACAGAUUAUUUCUUCACCCUGGUUCAGAGAGAGGAGCCCCUGCGAAUUCUCAGCAAAUACCACCGCUUCAUUUCUUUCGCCCUAUACUUGACAG